AGGCAGCAGUGAGGUUUUUAUUUUUAGAGAGCAGGGACAUGAGCUCAGCCUUCCUGCAGUGCAGCUGCUUUCUGGGAUGUAGCCAGGGUGUGGUGGAGCAGCCUGGGAGAUGUGUUCCUUGUGCAGCCCUUCUGGGCUGUGCUGGGGGGAUGUGCAGCCUGUUUCAUUGGGGCAGGGCGUGGGGAAGGUGGGCUGGCAGGUGGUGCUGAGCAGGCUGCCACGCUGCUGGGUGUGCACACAGCUUUGGGUUGCAUACUGUGAUUAUCCAGGAGAGCUGAAGGGAACCCUUCCCCCUCGGAGGCUUGCCCUGCUGCAGAGAUGUGCCUCCCAACUGCUGGAGGAUCCUCCCUGCUCACCCUGUGGCUGUAACUGUUUCCUUGGUAGUUUCUGCUUUGGCAGGAAGAGCUUGUUUUAACCUGCCGUGCUCUGGCCGCAGUCAGGUCCUGCUUGGCUUUCUGGUCCUGCUUGCUCAGCUCGGCGGGUUGUGAUUUUUUUGGUAGUCUGUGUGGAGCACUCUGCAGUUCUGUGCAGGUCAGCAAAAUACCUGUGAGCUUAUGGAUUUGUGGGAAUCUUGUGUUUUACACACACAGGGCCUGGUCCACUCUGCAAACCAGGCAAUUCUUAAAAGCCAAAGCGGCUCUCAGCAGCUCUGAGGAUUGCAGAGAUCUGGGGAGACGUCAUCCUCCGUGGUGGGUCCCCUCUGGCUGUCUGUGGGUUCCCAGACUUCUGGGUGAUUCACAGGGGCAGAGGUAGGUAGCAUAGGAGCCCUAAGCAGAAAAAGUUCAAAUCUUGCACCUUUUCUUGGUCUUGCUAAAGUGACAGGGUUUAACUAACUCGCAGGACUGUUUUUCUUGAUUCAGAAGUAUCCUAGUUACUCUCUCUUACCCAGAGUCUUCUCUGAACAGGCUCUUUGCAUUCAGCUCUGCAGGGCAGUGCUAUGGGCCAGCUGGGCUGAAGGGCACACAGGCUUUGGGGGAAGCCCUGGGUGCUGUCCUGCAGCCAUCAGCAGGUACCUGUACAGAGACACUUGAUUACUGCUGCUUAAACAAUGUGUAUCUGUCAUGGGUGUCUUUGUGUCUUCCUUCAUGUCAGGUAGGACAUGCCAUUUUUAGAGGUGAAAGCUUUAGCCAGCCAGCCUGCUUUUAGGGGUAGAAAAGGUUCCAUAAGAACAGCCCACAGCCCCAUAUUGCCACUGUCAUGCUGAAUUAUUGGCAGGAGGAAAAGAGGGCGAUUCCUCGUGUUGAGAGGAGUCUGGGGCCUGUAGGAACCUGCUUUUCCCCCCCUCCCAUGGUUUGGAGCAGCAGCUGCCCUGCCUCUCCCUCGGGCUGCCCGCUGCAGCUUUACCAGCCGUUGCAACAUCACUGUAAAUGUUUAACCCUGCUGCUCAGCUGCCCGCGUUUCUGGGGUGGUUUCUGGGGUGCUGUGGACAGAAUGCUUUCCAGGAACAAGCAGAGAGUUCGGCAGUGGUCCUGGGGAGCCGGGGCAGCUUGUGGUGCGUUGGGUGUGAUGUGAGGGCACAGCUGGGCCCAGAGCAGAUAGGUUGUUUGUUGUUUGGUUGGGGUUUUUUUUUUUGCGUGUGUGUGGAUAAUGACUGGCAAGAACCGAGGCGGCACGGGGAGCACGGGAAUGUUUCGGCUCCAUCAGCCUCUCCGGAGCUGCCUGGGGGCUCUGCGGGGCCUUUCCGCGGCUGCCGCUUCCCCGGGGAGCGUUUCGGAGCGCGGGCGGGCUUGCUGUGCUCUCCUCUGUAAAUCCCUGUACAAAGAACUGACCAAUAAAGCGCUGACGGAACGGCUGCCGCCUCCCGGCUCUGCUUGUCCCCCCCUCGGCGGGCAGGGCCUCCCGGGACCCGCCUCCCCGGGGCCGCCCUCCCCGCCCUUCCCGCCGCCAUCUUCACCGGGGCGGGCCACCGGGAUGGCGGCGGCCGGAGCGCACCGGCCGGGGCCGCUGAAGCAGCAGAACAAGGCUCACAAGGGAGGGAAGCACAGCGGGUCGUCCCAGCGCCGCGCUGGAGGCCGCGUCCCCCUCAAGGCGCAGCCCCGGCGGCGGCUCCGCGAGCUCAGCCGGGUGGACCGGCGGCACCAGGCGCUGCAGCUCCGCCGGCAGCGCAAGGAGGCGGUGCUGGCCGAGAAGCGCAGCUUGGGCAGCCGGGACGGGCCCCCGCGCCUGGUGGUCGUGGUGCCGCUGCACGGCCGGGCUGCCGCCCGCGACCCGCUGCCCCUGCUGCAGAGCCGGGACUCGGCUCUUGUCCGUCUGGGUGAGGGCAGGGCCGGUGACUUCGCCCUCCUCUGCCCCCGGCUAAAGCAGCGCUGGCGCUUCGUGACAGCACAGGCAGGGGACCUUCACACUGUCUUAGACCUAGCGAAGGUUGCUGACUCCCUGCUGUUCAUCCUGGAUCCUGCAGAUGGCUGGGAUAGUUUAGGGGAGCACUGCCUCUCCUGCCUCUUUGCACAGGGGCUCCCCAGUUACGCUCUUGCUGUCCCAGGGGGCACUGACUUGCCACCCAAGAAGCGGAUAGAUGCCAAGAAGAAACUUGCCAAAGCCAUCGAGAAGCGCUUUCCCGAGGCCAAGCUCUUUCCCCUGAACACGGAGCAGGAAUCCUCCCUGCUGCUGAGGCACCUGGCUGCCCAGAAGCAGCGGCACCUGGCUUUCCGGGACAGGCGGGCUCACCUGCUCGCCUGCGCUGCCGAGUUUGUGCCUGGUCAGGAGAGUCACCUGGUUGGGACCUUGAAGGUGUCUGGCUUUGUCCGGGGACAGACCCUCGAUGUGAACAGGCUGGUGCAUAUUGUGGGGCACGGAGACUUCCAGAUGAACCAGGUGGAUGCACCCCCCGACCCGCUCUCUCUGAACCCCCGAGUGGUUAAAGGACAGAAGAGGAGCCAGGACAUGGAGGUGCAGGAUGAUUCUGUAAAUGGUACUGAUGAGAUGGAGGAAGAUGUUAAAGUCCUGAUGAAGGCAGAUCCAAACAAGCAGGAGUCUUUGCAGUCAGAAGUGGUUCCUGAUCCUAUGGAAGGGGAGCAGACGUGGCCCACUGAAGAAGAGCUGCAUGAAGCAGAGGCUUCUCUGAAGGCAAACAGGAAGGUGGUGAAGGUCCCCAAAGGCACAUCCAAGUACCAGGCUGCCUGGAUUGUGGAUGAUGAAGAAGAAGGCAGUGAGAAAGAUGAUGAUGAUGAUGAUGAUUAUGAAGAUGAUGACAUCGAUGAUGAGAUGAUGGAAGAUGCAGUUUCCCAGGAGGGGGAAAGCUGUGAGGAGGAAGAGGAACCUGCAGAGGAGGAAUGUGAGACCAUGACCAUUUCUGAGUCCCUGCGGGACGACCAGUAUGAUGAGAAGGUGGAGGAAGAUGAACAGGUGCUGGAGAGAUACAAACAGGAGAGAAUGGAUGAAAUGUUUCCAGAUGAGGUGGACACACCACGUGAUGUACCCGCCAGGGUCCGGUUCCAGAAGUACAGGGGGCUGAAGAGCUUCCGGACUUCUCCAUGGGACCCCAAAGAGAAUCUCCCCAGGGACUAUGCCAGAAUCUUCCAGUUCCAGGACUUCUCCCGGACCAGAAAGCACCUCUUCCGGCAAAUCGAGAAAGAGGAGACUGAAGGAGCCUCGGUUGGCUGGUACGUUACCCUCCAUGUCUGCAAUGUCCCUGUCUCAGUGAUGGAGAGCUUCAAAGAAGGGAAGCCCCUAGUCCUGUUCUCGCUGCUUCCCCACGAACAAAAGAUGUCCGUCUUGAACUUCCUGGUGCGGCGGCACCCCAGCAACAGCGAACCCGUGAGGGCAAAGGAGGAGCUGAUCUUCCACUGCGGGGUCAGGCGCUUCCGAGCCUCCCCCCUCUUCUCCCAGCACACCUCAGCUGAUAAGCACAAGCUGGAGCGUUUCCUGCGCCCGGAUGCUGCCGUGGUGGUGACUGUUUACGCCCCCAUCACUUUCCCUUCUGCCUCAGUGCUGCUUUUUAAACAGAGAAGUAAUGGAAUGCACGACCUCAUUGCCACGGGCUCUUUGCUCUCCGUGGACCCCGACAGGAUUGUCAUCAAGCGGCUGGUGCUCAGUGGCCACCCUUUCAAGAUCUUCACCAAGGCGGCCGUCGUGCGAUACAUGUUCUUUAACAGAGAGGAUGUGAUGUGGUUUAAGCCAGUGGAGCUGAGGACAAAGUGGGGUCGAAGAGGACACAUCAAGGAGCCAUUAGGGACCCAUGGCCACAUGAAGUGCCACUUUGAUGGACAGCUAAAAUCUCAGGACACGGUGCUGCUGAACCUCUACAAACGUGUUUUUCCAAAAUGGACUUACGACCCCCACGUCCCGGAGCCCGUGUCCUGGGUGAGGAGCGAGAGCACAGUGCCAGAGGUGGAAAUGGAAUGAGCCUUUGUGCCUGAGCUCCCUGGAUGCUGUUCUCAGCCCAUGCACAGUGAGGACAGCACUGAUGUUCUGGACCUGUUACUGCUGGGGUCUGUACAGGGGCAGCUGUCUCACCAGCUGCUGUUCAGGUACCAGCUAUAGAUAUUUAUUUUAAUGGAAAAUGUUUUUAAAAAACA